GGCUCGUCUCGGAACUGCGCGCAGGCGCCGGCGAGCCGGCGCGGCGGGGGCGCCCUGCAACGGCAGCAGGCUGCCGCCGAGCGCCUGGGAGCCCUGUGGCGGGGUGGCAGCUCGUCGUUCCUCGACGCUCCGCUGGUGCCGAUCCCGAGGAGGCCGCCGAAGCUUGCGCUGCUGAUGGUUGUCCGGCACGCGAUCCUCAACGCCAGGCUGUGGUCGUCGUGGCUGCACGACGCGGGCGAGCAGGGCCUGAGGGUGAGGAUCUUGAUCCACACCACGCUGGGGUCGGCAGAGGAUUUUCCGUCCGAGCUUCGGGCUUCUCUGGUGCCCGAGAGGGUGGCAGUCGAGAGGUGCAACGCGCUCAACGCGACGAUGCUUCUCAUAGGGCGUGCGCUCGAGGAUCCCGAGGUGACCCACAUGAUGACGGUCUCCGACGACUCGAUCCCAGUCAAACCGCUGCACUACAUCUAUUGGAGACUGGACAGGAGUCCACAGAGUCGUCUGUGCACGGAUGACAGCUGGCUUAUCCCUCGCGCUGAAACUUGGUGGCUCCUUCGCCGGGGUGACGCCGAGCUCUUCCACGCGAGCAGGAACGGCGAGUUUCUCCAGACCUUCCGCGACGCGAAGGUCCUUGAUUGCGACGACGAGAACUUCUUCUACUUGCCACUGAAGAUGCGCAUGGAGCAGUGGGGCAACGCACCCGAGGCCUCGUUGUUGAACAAGUGCCCCAUGUACACCGACUGGCGCACUGGUGAGCGGGCGUGCAAGGCCUGGGCCGACCACGCCAGCCUCUGCGACUGCGAGAGCCUGGGGCAGCACGUCGUCGCCGCGGCCGACGCGGGCCACCCCGCCAGCUUCGGGGACGUCGGCGGCGAGGCCUCCGCCGCCCUCGAGCAGGAGCGGCUGCAGAGGCACAGAGACCUUCGGAGCUCCGCGCGGAGGUCCCGGAUCGGCGCUCGGACCCCCAGGCGGCGCCUUUGGCGCCGCCCCUGGCGCGCUCCGUGUCCCGGGGAGGGGGCUCAGAAAUCUGCGCGGCCCUUCGACAGCGUAUGUUAGUGAUGUUAGUUUUGGUAUCCUCUGGCUGCUCGCCACGUCUUCUCCUCCACAUCCCUUGUGGCAGCUGGCACAAACCGCAGAGGCUCCGUAAGCAAGCACUGAAACAAAGGGUCUGUCAGGAAGCAGAUCCGCCUUUUACGGCACAUCGUCA